GUCGUCUCCCGGUCUGAGCAGCAGCGGCGGCGGUGGCAUCGGGGACGGCGGCGGUGGCGGCGGUGGAGGCGCGGUGGCAGCCGCGACGGCGUUUGAGCGGAGGAAGAUGGCGGCUCCGGGCGACCCCGGGUUCCGCCAGCGGUGAAGAUCCCCCGAGCACAGCAAGCACCGACCUGAGGCAGAGCGGCUGUGCGCUGGCCCCGGCCCUGGCUUCUUCGCCACCGUCGCCGGAGACGCGAAACCGAGAGCGCGGAGCGGUCUGGGCCAGAGCUUCAAGUGUGUGUCAUGGCCAGCUCCUCGGACAGUGAAGAUGACAGUUUCAUGGCCGUGGACCAAGAAGAAACUGCAGUGGAAGGGACAAUGGAGCAAGAUGAGGACCCCCACCCAGUGUUGGAGGUUGAGGAGACAAGACAUAAUAGGUCCAUGUCUGAGCUGCCGGAAGAGGUUUUGGAGUAUAUUCUGUCCUUCCUUUCACCAUACCAGGAACACAAGACUGCAGCUCUGGUCUGCAAACAGUGGUAUCGGCUUAUCAAAGGUGUGGCCCACCAGUGUUACCAUGGUUUCAUGAAGGCUGUCCAGGAAGGAAACAUUCAGUGGGAGAGCCGGACUUACCCAUAUCCUGGAACCCCCAUCACUCAGCGCUUCUCCCACAGUGCGUGCUAUUAUGAUGCCAAUCAGUCUAUGUAUGUCUUUGGAGGCUGUACCCAGAGCAGUUGCAAUGCUGCCUUCAAUGACCUCUGGAGGCUAGACCUAAAUAGCAAAGAGUGGAUUCGACCACUGGCCUCAGGGUCCUAUCCUUCCCCCAAAGCUGGGGCCACUCUGGUCGUGUACAAGGACUUGCUAGUGCUAUUUGGUGGCUGGACAAGGCCAAGUCCCUAUCCCUUACACCAGCCAGAGAGAUUCUUUGAUGAAAUUCACACGUACUCACCAUCUAAAAACUGGUGGAACUGCAUUGUCACCACGCACGGGCCUCCUCCCAUGGCUGGCCAUUCCUCCUGUGUGAUAGGAGAUAAAAUGAUUGUCUUCGGCGGCUCCUUAGGAUCCCGGCAGAUGAGCAACGAAGUCUGGGUCCUGGACCUGGAGCAGUGGGCGUGGUCCAAGCCGAACAUCUCUGGCCCCAGUCCUCACCCUCGAGGUGGCCAGUCUCAGAUUGUUAUAGAUGAUACAACUCUCCUGAUCCUUGGCGGGUGUGGCGGUCCCAAUGCGCUGUUCAAAGAUGCCUGGCUGCUGCACAUGCACCCAGGGCCCUGGGCCUGGCAGCCACUCAAGGUAGAAAAUGAAGACCAUGGUGCCCCGGAGCUGUGGUGUCAUCCAGCCUGCCGGGUGGGACAGUGUGUGGUGGUCUUCAGCCAGGCACCGAGCGGGAGAGCGCCCCUCAGCCCCAGUUUGAACUCUCGCCCGUCACCUAUCAGUGCCACUCCUCCAGCCUUGGUUCCCGAGACCCGAGAGUACCGCUCCCAGUCCCCGGUGAGGAGUAUGGACGAAGCACCUUGUGUUAAUGGCCGCUGGGGAACACUGAGGCCCAGGGCUCAAAGGCAGACUCCCUCAGGUUCCCGGGAAGGGAGCCUCUCCCCAGCCAGAGGAGACGGCUCUCCUAUUCUCAAUGGUGGGAAUUUGUCUCCAGGGGCAGCAGCUGUCGGGGGUGCUUCCUUAGAUAGCCCUGUACAGGCCGUGUCUCCAAGCACGCCGUCUGCCUCUGACGGCUCCGACCUAAAAGUAGGACUUUCUCUAGCUCCUCGACGAGGGUCUUUACCCGAUCAGAAGGACCUGAGGUUAAGUUCCAUUGAUCUGAAUUGGGACCUGAAGUCUGCUUCCAGUAGCAGUCAUGUGGAUAGUACAGACAAUAGGACAGUUGCAGGGAGUGUGAGACACCCUCCAGAACAGACCAAUGGUGUUCACACCCCACCACAUGUGGCCAGUGCCCUUGCGGGGGCUGUAUCUCCCGGUGCCCUGCGUCGGAGUUUGGAAGCCAUCAAAGCGAUGUCAUCCAAAGGCCCCUCAGCUUCGGCAGCACUAAGUCCUCCUCUUGGGUCUUCUCCGAGCUCCCCUGGGAGUCAGAGCCUGAGCAGUGGAGAAACAGUGCCCAUCCCUCGCCCAGGACCAGCCCAAGGAGAUGGUCAUUCCUUACCCCCCAUUGCUCGGCGCCUGGGCCACCACCCUCCACAGUCCCUCAAUGUGGGCAAACCCUUGUACCAGAGUAUGAACUGCAAACCCAUGCAGAUGUAUGUGCUGGACAUUAAAGACACCAAGGAGAAGGGCCGAGUCAAGUGGAAAGUGUUCACUAGCAGCUCCGUGGUCGGGCCUCCUGAGACCAGCCUGCACACAGUGGUGCAGGGCCGAGGGGAGCUCAUCAUAUUUGGAGGGCUCAUGGACAAGAAGCAGAAUGUGAAGUACUAUCCAAAAACAAACGCCUUGUACUUUGUGCGGGCAAAGAGAUAAUGUGCUCAACCCCUUCCCUUUCUGUGUCUUUUAAUUUGGAAUUUUCUGGUGUGCAAACAUUUGGACUAAGACUUGGGAAAACUACGCGACUACCACAAACCAAAACUCCAAUUCCAUGCCUAACUUGCUCCAGGCUGGGAUUAAAUCCCCACUAAGGGAAAGAGUAUAUAUAUAUAUGCAUAUAUAUACAGAUCUAUUAUAUAGCCAACUCUGUUUACAAUAAAGGCGAGAUCUUCGUCCUGGUUCA